AUGUCAUACUCGCAGGGCAGUACAGGGACGAAUGGAAUGGCCUACAACAUGUUGAAUGCCUCUCAAUCCCUCUCGUCCACCCCUCGCGCAACACCUCCGCCCCCGAAAGGAUCGCAGACGUCCUCUUUCGGUUACUCCAACGGACUUCCACGAAGCUUUAGUGGAUACGAUGGGGCCAAUGACUAUGGAUCUGUAAUGUCAUACCAGGAUGGGUACAAACCACAGAUUUACACAGCCGUUUACUCUAACAUCCCCGUUUAUGAAAUGGAAGUGAAUGGUGUUGCGGUUAUGAAACGUCGAGAAGAUUCUUGGUUGAACGCUACGCAAAUUUUGAAAGUCGCCGGUGUCGUCAAAGCUAGGCGAACGAAAACCCUCGAGAAAGAAAUCGCGGCCGGUGAACACGAAAAAGUACAAGGCGGCUACGGGAAAUACCAGGGUACUUGGGUCAACUAUCAGCGAGGCGUCGAUCUUUGCAGAGAGUACCACGUUGAAGAAGCACUCCGGCCACUGCUGGAGUACGAUAUGAACCCCGACGGCUCUGGAGCUCCUGCCAACGGAACGAUAGACACACCUACGAAGGAACAAGCAAUGGCCGCGCAGCGCAAACGCCUUUACAACGGUGGGGAGAAUCGCAGCGCCUCACAGCCGCAACAGGGAACAUUCUUCCAAAACAUCUCACGCACUGCUGCUACCGCAGUUAACGCCCUCAGCAAAGCACGCUUCGACUCGCAAAACUCCAAUAGUCGUCGGCCCAGCAUGGCUCGCAAACCCUCACAGCCAAUGGGUAGCCAGGAAUCUGCGGUUCCGUUCAGCAGCCAGCAGAGCAUGUACAGCAUGUCGGACAGCGGGUUUGGCAGCUUGCAAAAUCGGUACCAGACGCACGAUGACAACGAGGAUAUUGCAGAACCUCCGCGCAAACGUAUGCGCUCUACGUCACACCAAGGCCCGCCCAUAGGCCUCACUCGGGAACCUUCCAAUCUCUCCAUGCAUGAUCCUACACCCACAGAACCUAACGACUCCUUCUAUCAAGAAAUUGCUGAUCUUCCUCCACCCCCGAUGGAUGAUGGAUCAAAGCGCGGAGUCGAAUCCUUGGCACCUGCUUCUACCCCGGAAAGGUUCCAGAGGAUGAAACUUAUCAUGACACUAUUCCUCGACAAACGCACUAAAGACUUCACAAAUCACCCGGCCUUGGUGCAACUGACUGGAGAGGACCUUGAAAUACCACUUGACGAGUACCGAAACAAUGCGCUCCACUGGGCUGCGAUGCUUGCACGCAUGCCAUUGCUUCACGCGCUUAUAGCCAAGGGUGUGAGCAUAUCACGAGUCAACGGUGCAGGAGAAACAGCUUUGCAAAAGGCCGUGGGGACUCGAAACAAUCUUGAUUAUCGGAGCUUUCCACGGUUGCUGCAGGUACUAGCCCCUACUAUUGAUAUGGUAGAUUACAGUGGGCGUACAAUUUUGCACCAUAUCGCCAUGAUGGCUGCAACUGGCGGGGGAGGACACGUCUCUGCAAAACAUUACCUGGAAGCUCUUCUUGAAUUUAUUGUGCGACAUGGCGGCAUUGCGCCCAACGCAAAUGGGGACCAUGCAGCAAAUGGCGCUGGUAACGAAGUAAUCUCUUUGGGGCGAUUUAUCUCUGAGAUUGUCAACCUCCGCGAUGAUCAGGGAGAUACUGCCCUCAAUCUAGCAGGACGUGCGCGCUCUGUUCUUGUGCCACAACUCUUGGAAGUCGGUGCCGAUCCUCACAUCCCAAACCAUACUGGACUUCGGCCCGCAGAUUAUGGGGUUGGUGUCGAUAUGGUGGACGGAAACUCUCAAUCUCAGCAAGCAGCCAAUAGAAAUGACUCGUUCAUUGAUCAAUUGGCGAAGUCGAAGAAAGAGAUCCUUGAUGGGGCCAUGUCCCAAAUCAACACACUGGUUGAGGAAACGCUCGGGGGAAUUGCCCGUGAAUUGGCUUCGAGCUUGACGCAAAAACAGGAAAGCUUUGAUCAUUGGCAUACGAAGAUUCGCGAGUCUGCCAAAGCUCGGCAGAUCGAACAAAAGCAACUCGAUGAGCUCAAACGCAAGGGUUCUGAGCGUGUGGAGCUGGAUCGACGCAUUAAAAACUUGGAAAGGUCUUCGGAGAGCCUAUUGGUCACAGUGCAGAAUACACCAGGACUGGACGCUACCAGAACUGUUGUUGUUGGCGACGCCGACGUGGAUUCCGGGGUUGAUGUCAUGACAUUUGAAACACUGUUCCCAGAUGGGUUUGAUCCUGCAUCUGGGUUUUCACCACAGCAAGUUGCUUUUCUAUCUUCACUACCAGCAACAGACGUGCUUAGGCGGAAGGCCCACUGCUACAAAGAGUUCAACGGAGGGAUACUGGCCGAAGUUGAUGGCCUCAAAGCGAAGAACGCAGUCCUUGGCCAGAACUACCGUCGCAUGGUGAUGGCGUGCACUGGCUGGACGGCGGAGCAAGUCGAUGAAGCCGCGGAGGGUCUCACGCAAUGUGUCAAGGAACUGAAUGACAACCCCGUUCCCGAGGACGAAGCCAUUGAGAUCCUCAUGCGGGACCGCGGGCAGGACUGGUAG